GAGACAUGUUCAUCAUGGUUGCUCCUGCAGAUGUGAUCAUGAUGAUUUAAUAAUGUCAAAUGCCGUGAUUUGGUUAGAAUUAAGUUAAUUAAUAAUAGAAGAUGUGUUACCGGGCGUGCAUAACGAAUGAGUAAAAGUUUGAAUUAUUUGGAGUGAUUUAAUUUCGACAGUAUCAUACUGUAACGAAUAAUAAAAUCAUGGCACAGUGCAAGUUAACCCCACAAGAAUUCAUCAGUAACACUUUCUCACCGCAAGUUGCAGCCGUUUGUUCUCCUGCUGCAGAAAACACCUGUCAAAAAAAUAAUCUGACAUUUAUCGAACUCCUACAACCAUUCUGCAAGUUAAAUGCCGAAGGACACAUCAAAGACCCACAAGGGAUAACAGUUACCGUCCGCAACCUACGUGUUUCGGUUCAGGAUAUUAAUGUUCGCCCACCUCAACCAACUCUUGCUAGGAAAAUGCUCAAUGAGUCAGUGAGCUCGUCCCAAUGUGAAAGAACAACUACUGUUCAAAAUGGUACAACGAAUUUAGACAUUCCUGUGUCUGUCCCUUGGUUUGAGGCUUGGAGAGAGAUGCUGUUGGCCGUUCAAUUCCCAUCUGACCACGAAUUCACCAAGCAUUUCUUGGCCUGUAUGAUAAUCGUAUCAACUGCCGAUGACAAUCCUUUAGAGAAAAUCCAGCACAUGGGCAGUCAGUUACAUCAAAGUGUUCCGGGUAAAUUGCCUAAGUGGUUCAACAAUAAUGCCUUAAGAUAUUACGUACUGAUUCACGACACCUUUGAUGAUGACCAAAACAAGGCAGAAACAGUCUACACUGAUAUGAAAAAUAUUUAUGGACCUAAUAACUGCUUUUUAUUACAAAUGAACUCAAGGCCGCCAGGGCCGUCAGAUGAUACUACACAUUUACCAGAUCCAUGGUGUCAAUUUUUAACCAAAAACUCAGAUUUAUCUGAAAGUAGCGAACAAAGUAGUUCGCCUAGGACACCAGCGGAUACUAGCGGGGUAUCCGCAAUGCCUAAUCAAGUGAUGUCGGAGUCAGAUAGUAUAUCCUUCAAUUGCAGAUCUAGUUUGGCCGGUACCCCGAUAGCGCCUCGUAAUCCAAUAUUGGGUUCCCCAGACACAUCUGAUACAAUAAGCCUUUCUUCGGAUGUAUCUGAAUCAACAACUGGUCCACUUGAAGUUGGGCAAGAAGCAGUUGCCGUUAUCGUACAUCCCUUGAGCCCGGAGAACGAAAAAUCCUUGGACAAUUUUAUUUCCUCCGUAACAUCAAAAAGUCAGAUAGAAAAUAGUACCCCAAUCAAUGAUAACGUUUGGGCAGAUUCACCUAGUCAGCCAACCAUUCAACAUGGUAUAAGAUUGUCCUCUCAAGAUUUGGAGAGAUUAAGAACAUUGAUUACAGAAUUCUGUUUGAAGAGUUUAUUGCCAUAUGUAGAAAAACAAAUCGGUCUACUCAGUGAUAUGAUUUCAAAUAAAAAAGGAGUUAGUAGGUCUCUAUUUAGUGCAACCAAACGAUGGUUUGUCACCAACAAACCUGGGGCACCUGGAUCUGCUCCAGCAAACGCAGUAAUCUACACAGCUGAAUCCCCUGAACUUCAACUACGAAGGUUAGGAGACCUUUGUUUCAUGUUUGGUCACUACUCUCUGGCUUAUCAAGCCUAUCACAGUGCGAAACGAGAUUUUGCGGCCGACCAGGCUUGGUUGUAUUAUGCAGGUGCAUUGGAAAUGGCUGCAUUGAGUGCUUUUAUGCAGGGAGAAACGACAAGAAAAUCAAUCGAGUACAUGGAUGAUGCAAUAUUGACCUAUUUGAACAGUUGUAAAAUGCCUCAGUUUGCGACUAGAGCUACUUUGCUGAGUGCCGAAUGUUUAAAAGGCAGGAGCUUGUUUGGCGAGGCCGCUAAACAAUUAAUCAGAAUGACCAGUGAAGACUCGGACCUUAGAUCUGCCGUUCUUUUAGAACAAGCAGCAUACUGUUUCAUAGGAUCAAAAAUGAUGAGAAAAUACGCAUUCCAUGCUGUCCUGGCAGGACAUCGAUACUCGAAAGCAGGGCAGAGAAAACAUUCUUUGAGAUGCUAUCAACAGGCCUAUCAGGUCUACAACAAUCGGGGCUGGUCAUUAGCCGAAGAUCACAUACAUUUCACCAUUGGAAGACAGGCCGCAUCUUUGAAGCUGGUGAAAGAUGCUGCGCAAGCUUUUGAAAGGUUACUUAGUAUUGACAGUAAACAACCAGGUCCUCAACAAGCAGCUUUUCUACGAGAAUUUCUUCACACUCAUAAUUUGUUAUUCCAAGAAGAGAUGAAAGAUUCGAAUGUUCUUCCAGUUCUACCAUUGCCGCUCAUAAAUAGUAAUGAAAUCAAAGUUCUAUUUGGUCCACUGUCAAAACCGGAGCAAAACAGUAUUCCAGCCAGUCAUGUUUCCUUCAAUAGUGAUGAUACAGAAGAUGUCCGAUGGUUUAAGCUAGAGGAAAUCCUAUUGUUGGAAGCUUCGGGAUCUGUGCCAAUGAUUUUCAAACCUACCGUUGCUCUAUAUUCUAGUAGAAGCAACAAUUCCACAAAGCCGAAUGCGAUUUUAAAUGAACCUGUACACUUUUCCAUAGAAUUGCACAAUCCGUUGCACAUACCACUUCCUUUGUCCGAUAUGAAGUUACUUUGGUCCUUCAAUAAAUCCGAACAAGAGCCUGGGAACGAAAUUGAUGCAGCAGAAAAGACUUUCUCGUUACAGAGUAAUAAAGAUUCUGAAGAGCAAUCAGAUCCAGUUGAAGUUCAAAGUAUUGAAGCAAUUGUAUUGCAGCCAGAUUGUAAACAAAGUAUUGUCUUAUCUUUGAUUCCAAAGCAAAUUGGCGAAAUAAAAGUCCUAGGACUUACUUACCAUUUAUCUAACCCUAAACAAGCAAUUGUGGAUCAACCCAUAGUUAACCCAAGCAUUAGUAUAGCUGGUAAAAGAUUAUUUGAAUUGAAGGGACCAAAGUUGAAAAAUGUGAAAGAAAAACCUGGUGCAAAGUUAUAUGGAGAAGACUACAGAUUAGAAAUGAAUGUUGUCGAAGGAGCACCAUUUGCACAACUCUCGUUUAGUAAACUGUCUUCUGAAAUGUUAUGUGGCGAAAUGCAAAGAGUUGAAGUCACUUUAAAAAAUAUUGGAAAUGCACCUUUGACGAAUAUUUACAUCGGUUCCACCAAUCCGAAACUAUUUUCUCUGGAGAAUCAGCCGACAGCUUCUGAUAAUGCAAAAGCCACUGGUCUUGUAACAAAAAUUCAUUUACCACCAUCCACAAAUGGUAACCUGAAUGUCGGAGAGACUUAUAAAAUGCCUCUAUGGGUUCGGGCACCACACAAAAAAGGAAGCCACCAACUAGACCUAUUAUUUUACUAUGAAAAUGCAAGGCCCAAAAGUACUCCAAAGUAUAGAUUGAGUCGGCACACGUGGCAACUAACGGUGUUAGAUUCACUGCAGAUAUCUGCAACUGUUCGUAGAAGUGCUGUCACUAAUGAAUCGCUUUCUACAUUGAAUUUAAUCGUUCAAGUUAAGAAUACAAAUCAAGUUCAUGAUCCAUUCAUGAACGAAAUAGCGUUGACUAAGGUGUCUUUGAAGAGUAAUUCAUGGGAACUGACUGAUUCUACGGGUUUACCAUUGGACAUGCAAAUACAGCCACAAGAAAUUUCACACUUCUUUUUAAAACUGAGGAAAAGAAAAGAAGAUACACCUGACUUUUCAGAGGUCUCCUUAACGACUGAAAAAUCUUCAGAGUCAGUUACUGAUUCGCCAUACAUAGACUUUGUACAAAGAAGAAAGAUCAAACCGUUGAAUUGGUAUGAAUCACAAAGCGAAAUGCAGCAUCAGCAACAAGUUCAACUACCCGAAAAAUCACCGUUCGAAUACAGUAUGAGGGUCGAUUUCACGAUUAUUCUACGCUGGAGAGCAAGUAUAAUGGAGGCAGGAUCUUUAACGAGACAUGCAAUAGGGCAGCAUCAUGUGGAUCUAGAAAUAUUAAACAAAAUGUACAAACAUCCUGAUGAAGUUAAAGUACAACAUGACUUGUACGGCGGUCACCUAAGAAUUUUCGGCCCGGACAGAAAUGUGCCGGAUUCAACGACUGUAGUAAAAAAAGAUGACUUCACAGAACUAGAACUGCAACAAAACUUAGUCACGUACGCGCUUCAUCACUUGCGACAAGCUGCGCAUAAUUUCAAACGUAGUCAAUUAUGUAUCCUGCCAGUGGAACUACGUUUGCAAAACAAUUCGGGAAGCGAACUGGAUGUUCAAAUAAACACAAUUGGAACAAGCAUUCAAUCUCAAUUACCUAGUAUCAAGUCUCAACUAUACUCACCGCAAGGAUUGACCUCAUUUCGAUAUAUCGCUCACACAGCUAUCAAUUGUCACUUGGAACCACAUGGCUGCCGGUCAGUUGCAUUAAAAGCUUUAAUAACGACUCCUGGGACCUACGAUUUGGCAUCCAGGGUAGAAGUAUCUGUAAAAGUUGUAAGUAGUAACAAAUUUAUUCCACAAAAAUGGAAAUUAGAAAGCAUAUGCAUCGUUAGUGAUGAUAGUCUAUAAAGAAAAUGUCAUUGAAAUUGAUUCCAUUUAAUAAUUAGUUCAAACUUAGCAAUAUUUAUUCGUAAUUUUACGGAAAUGAAAUUAAUAUUGGGAGUUUAUGUCUAGCUUUGACUAGUUGAAUAAUCCCUAUUAUCGGUUGAUACACGGCAUCUGGUAUAGCUACAUUCAUGCAAAUACUUAUAUAUAAUCAUUUUCUGAAACAAUCAGAACAUUAACACUUGAGCAAAGUUCGGAGUACAGCGUUAUACAUCAGAAUAAAAUAUAGAAAACCAAGUUAUUCUCAUCCAUGAGAAAUGCAGUCGUAUCCGAUUUCGUAUGUUUGAAUAUGAAUUUUAGUAUUUUUCAUGGAGCGUUAAGGGUAAUUAGAAAUAAAAUCACACCAUUUGUUGACUAUGCAUACUUCAAAUUUAAUAUACGAUUCCCUUAAUUUCAAAUCAUGAUUUUAUUCCACAGUACCAUAUGAUAUGUACUAACAGUGCAUGGAACUAACAAUAAAUAUUAGGAAGGCAGUUUCUAAUGAUUACUAAUAAAAACAGCACAAGUAUCUCACUUAUGCAAUACUUUACAAAGUUUUAUAUUCAUUGUACAUGAAUACAUAUCAUCAAAAGGCCGGAUGAUAUCUCGACAAAUUUUGAUUCUUGUGUCUCACUUGAGGUGCUCAAUUAAAUUGACCUUAACAUGAUGUACAUACCUACAUUCUACCGAUGCAACUGAACCUGCAAAUAAGUAAUAUAUGAUCACCAUUGUAAAUAUUCUUGCAUAUAAAGAAUUGAUUAACGCGAAUAAAAGUAUUUAUUGGA